AUGCUGAGUGCAGCAGCCGCGGCUGCCGCAUCACCGCGGCCCCCCUCAUCCGUCCUCUACACGGAACGGCUCUUCUAUGCCGCGCUGAAGCAGGGAAACCCGUCAGAGGCGCGGGUGGAGGCACUGGCAGCGCUGGCGCUCCGGCACCUCCCGAGGUCUGCCGAGACAUGGGCGGCGCUGCGCAAGGCGCUGAUGGAGCAGUCGGACCUCGAUGGGGCACCUAACCGUGCGUUGUGGUACGUCCUUGACGCACUCAUGAAACACGCCCCGCACGUGUUUGUGCCUCUGCUCGCCCCACGCCUGCUCGAGUACACCAUCCAACAACUGCCGUGGGAGCUGGCGGGGCACCGCGGUCAGACAUUGUUGUGGUUUGAGGCGCUUGUCCUGUCGUGGGAGAAGGUGCUGCCGCAGCGGCUCUACAGCGCCGUCCGCCAGCACGCUGUGCAGUCGAGGAGCGGGGCAGAGCUGCAUGAUCUUCUCAAGGCGACUCAGAACUCAGUUGAUGACGGCACGUCCGCCUCCUCGGUAGACCUGCAGCAGCUGCGCGACGCGUGGGAUGCUGUCCAGUACAUGGGCGAACAGGAGGCGGGCAAGUCUGUUUUUCAUGCUCGUCACACCACCACCGCAGUUGAGGUGGUGGAUGAGGAUGCACACAAGUCUUCGUCCUUCUCAGCACCCGUCAGUAGGCUGCACGCGAUGUCGAUCGGCAACAGUGACCGCACAACAGGGGCAGGCGCGUCGGGCGAUGAUGUGACUAAGACGCAACAGCAACAGGAGGAGGAGGAGGACGACUACACGCCGGACUUUGUGGAAGGCGCCAAACCGCGUGAGCUACCAAAAUUGGACCUUCCAAAACAAAGGCGGAGACGAGAGGGUCGACGCAGGCCUCGCGCAGACGACCUCGGCAUGUGA